AUGACUUCCUGUUCCGGCCAGCGUUUUGCGUUCGAAUGUCAGCCUCCCUCAUGUUUUCCCCUUGAACAGUUCGGCCUCGGGGACUCCAAGUACGACGAGAAGAUCGAUCUCCUGAGACUAGAAGACGGUGCAGAAGCCAAGUACGCGAAAGCGCUGGAGAUUUCCGGAGGAGAAGAAAAGCUGAGAAGCUUUCAGGACCUGAGUAAAGAGCUGCAGAGGAAGCAUGGCCUGCACGAGGAGCAGAAAGGCAUCAUUGAAACCGGCGAGCGUGAAUUUUCAGCCCUUUUUUCCAACAUUGGAUGA